UUGGUUAAAUUAGUUGACCAAAUUGUCACCAUCAAAAUGUCUUUGAAAAGUCUUUUGAUUGUAUGUCUCCUGAUCGAAUUAACAUUCGCUGGUCGAGUUGUUGAUCAGAAAUUAAGUGAUGAAGAACCUGGAACACAAGAUUAUGAUCAUGAAGCAUUUGUUGGUCAAGAAGAAGCAAAAGAAUUUGAGAAGUUGACACCAGAAGAAAGCAAAAGAAGACUUGGAAUAAUUUUUGAUAGAAUUGAUGUAGAUGGUGAUGGUACUGUAGAUGAAACUGAGUUACAGAAUUGGAUUACCAUGACGCAAAAAAAAUAUGUUACUGAUAAUACAAAGAAAGAAUUUGAAAAUCAUGAUGAAAAUCAAGAUGGAAUUUUAACAUGGGAUGAAUAUUACAAUAUAAACUUUGGAUUUUUAAAGGAUGAGGAUUGGGAACAAGGCGAGGAUGAAAAAUAUUCUUAUAAAGCUAUGUUGCGUAGAGACCAAGAGAGAUGGAAGGCUGCUGAUGAAGACGGUGAUAACAGUUGUACAAUUGAAGAAUAUCAAGCGUUUCUACAUCCCGAAGAGUUUGAAAGGAUGAAAGAUAUUGUAUUGGAUGAAACUAUCAAUGAUAUGGAUAAAGACCAAGAUGGACUUUUGGAUCUUGACGAAUAUAUAAAUGAUUUGUACAGACCAGAAAAUCCAGGUGAAGAAGAACCAGAAUGGGUUAGUGUCGAAAGAGAUCAAUUUAUAAAAUAUCGAGAUGCUGAUAAAGAUGGAAAAUUAAACAGGCUCGAAGUUCGUCGUUGGAUUCUUCCAGAAGAUUAUAAUCAUGCACAGGCCGAAGCUCAGCAUUUACUUCAUGAAAGUGAUGAUGAUAAAGAUGAAAAGUUGUCCAAAGAAGAGAUGUUAGAGCAUCAAGAUGUUUUUGUUGGAUCGCAAGCCACAGAAUGGGGUGAAAUGAUGAAUCGUCAUGACGAAUUUUGAUUUAACUUUAUAGAAGGAUUGACAGUGUUAUAGAAAAUUUUCAGACUGAUCACUAGACUUGACACAAAUGGGUCUCGCAAUGAAAAAUCCGUAAAUCUAUCAUGUUCAUCGUUCACAGAUAUCAAUCCUGUGUUUUUUCUUAUUUUUGAUAGUUUUCUAGAUAAUUCAAGGUUGGUUGUAUGACACUAGAAAGGCAUAAAUAUUGCAACUGGGAGUUGGUUAUUCGUUUUCCAUGUUUAAAUAGUUGACUGUUUUCUCAAGUUAUGUUCAGCAGUUCGCUAUGAUUUUGAAAUAUUUAAAAAAGCAUAGAGCGAGAUAGCAAUAUAUAUUUGAUUUUUUUUUGUUAAAUGCAUGAAAUGAGAGGCAUUUUGAAAUUAGGAAAAUUAUCGAUUUUUCUGUACUACAUUCUUUAUCUGUAUUAUUGUUUUUUGGUUGAAAUUCUGCUAAAUUACAUUUUACACUCUCUUUGUAUAGGUUGAUAAUAUAUUUCCCUUUUAUGGUCUGUCAGGUUUAGGUCCACAUUUAUCUUUGUGACAAUUAAAAAUUGCUUGCUGCCAUCAUUUGUUUCCAAGUGUAAUUCUAUUUAAGACUGCCUUAUUUAUUCCUCAAGUGACUGAUGAAUAUAUAAACAAAAAUAGUUUUCAAUUCAAAAAGUAUUUUGAAUCUACAGUUAUGUGCCAUUGCUUAAAUGAAAGGUUCAAAGAAGCUUCUUUUAUUUUGAAAUUUAGCCUAUUUUAAUAAUCACUUGACUUUUCAUUUAAUUUCAAUCAAAAUUCUGUUGGAAUAUAUUUAUAUCUAUAUUCUGUUAAUAUCCCAACAGUAGGCAAUAUCAUUUCUUAUUACAAUGUGUUACAAUUAUCUUCCUAAUAUACUACCCAUACUUUAUACGUAGCCUAUCUCACUUUUGGCUCGUGGAUUUGACUUUAAAUAAUUGUUCUGGGCUCCAAGACAUCUGAAUGAAUUUAGCCCUAGUGCUGAUUGUUGGGUAAUUCAAUCGAUCAGAGAGCGUUAAUAAUUAGUAAAAUUGGAGCAUUUUUUGGUUUCUUUUGCUUAAUUUUCCUGAGCUAAUUAAUAUUGUGUAAAUAGAAAGAUAAAAAUGGGAACAGUAUAUUGCAAUCAUUUAUGUGAAAUGCUAUGCUAUUUAUCAUAUAGCCAUGACAUUUUAUGCCAUGCCAUUUAUGGCUCCAUGCUUUUGUACUUUAUGGAAUUCAUAAAAAAUUGUCCUCGACUCAUCAUAUUUUAUUAUUCUGAUUUGAAUCAAUAUUUUCAAUCCAUCUACUUCUUAGUUUUCAUUCUAUAACUUCUGUGAACAUGUCACCCAUUUGCAAAAAAAUUUGAAGCGUUUCUAUCUACAUUCAUUCUUUGAAAUUCUGUAUGAGCUGAUGAUAUAAGUUUCAAUUUAAUCAAAUAAUCAUUUUCAUUUAUCAUUAUAGCAUUUAACACAAGUGUUGACAAAAUCUAAAGUAUGAAGCAUAUCUCAUUUAUCUUUUUUUACCUUUACCUACUCUAUAAAAAUAAAGAAAUAAUCCAUCAUCAGCCCCAGUGCUGUAGAUGACUUCUAAUUGAACUUUCAAUAUUUGUAACUUUUUUCGAAUAACUGCAUUACCUAUCAUUUGUAAUUAUGUUUCCUAGAACAUGAUAUUUUAGGGUGAUUCUCUAAUUAUCCGAAUUAUCAAAAACAAGUUUCAUGGCCCGUUUUCAACACUAUUUAAACUCAAGGUCUUAAGAUCAGUUCUUAUGAUUAUGUGGUAUAUUGUUGAUAGAUUUUUUAUAAAAACGACAUUGUUCUCAACAUGCACAAUUUACAAUAAAAAAAUUGGCGUACAUUCUAACCCUUUUUUUUCGUUCUAUUUCCCAGCAUAAAAUUUUCAUUGUUCUGAUUGAAUAACAAUGAAAUCUAUACUUGUUUCAUAUUUUACAUUUUUUAUAAUAUUAUUCAUCUGGUGUCAUAUAGUUAUUCAGUAUAUUAUAUUAGAAUCUUUGAACAUAAGUCUGAAAUAUUUUUUUUUAAUUAUCCAGCUCAACUCUAUGUUUUCCCAGGUGUGACAAAACAGCCAUAUACACUUGACAGCAUUUUAGUAGUUAGUCUGUUAGCAUAUUUAUGCUUCAUACCUAUCUUUCAUGCAUUGUUGCAACUGAAGCUUGCCAUAAGUUAGGUUGUCACUUAUCUCGUCCAUAAAAUUUUUGUUUAAUUAAAGAAAAACUUUGAUUUUUCACAGUUGGGUAAAGUAUAACCAAUAAUUUUAAACCAUUGCAAAUCAAAUCAAUCUGUUGUUAACUUUUGUUUAUGCUUAUUCACAUUCAUCUUAUGUGCCAAUUUCAUUCUAUCGUGAAUAAAUUCACUUAUUACACA